AUGGAGAGCAUCACUGUUGGAAUCAUUGGUAUGGGCGACAUGGGCCGUAUAGUCAACGCUUGCGAUCGGCCAGACAAAUUCCAAACUCUACACCAUGAGUACGAGAAUGAGAAAGGAAUAUAUAUCUUGCCUAACGGUCAUCUUGUUUCCCGAGCAAGUGACUGGAUCAUAUACAGCGUGGAAGCUGAGCUCAUUGAGAAGGUGGUUGCUGAAUACGGCCCGUCAACCAAAGUCGGAGCCAUCGUCGGUGGGCAGACCUCAUGCAAAGCCCCUGAGCUGGCCGCCUUUGACAAGUAUCUGCCCGACGACGUUGAGAUUGUGUCUUGCCAUUCCUUGCAUGGUCCCGCUGUAGACCCGACAGGCCAGCCCCUUGUCGUCAUCCAACACCGAGCCUCUCAAAAAAGUGUUGAUCUUUGUGUUCGAAUCCUCUCUUGCCUGAAUUCAAAAUUCGUCUUCUUAUCUGGAGAAAAGCAUGACCGUAUUACCGCAGACACGCAGGCUGUCACACAUGCAGCCUUUUUGAGCAUGGGAACGGCCUGGGCGGCGAACAAUCAGUUUCCGUGGGAAAUCGAUCGAUAUAUUGGUGGCAUCGAGAACGUCAAGAUCAACAUCACAUUGCGUAUCUAUGCCAACAAGUGGCAUGUUUACGCUGGCCUUGCGAUCCUCAACCCGGCGGCCAGAGAGCAGAUUCGACAAUACGCCGAGUCGGUGACAGAACUCUUCAAGCUCAUGUUGGGCGGCCAUCGCGAAGAACUGUCCCACAGGAUCAAGACGGCAGGUGCAGCGGUGUUUUCAAAGGAUGCUGUUGACCAGGAUCUGUUGCUCGGAGACGAAGUGCUGGACAAGUUCUCGCUCUCGAAGAGACCCAAAGAGAGAAUGCCGAAUAACCACUUAAGUCUGCUGGGCAUCGUCGAUUGCUGGUGGAAACUCGGCAUUGUCCCAUACGACCAUAUGAUUUGCUCUACGCCCCUCUUCCGAAUAUGGUUGGGCGUCACUGAAUAUCUCUUUCGAAACGAGACCUUGCUAGAUGAGGUCAUUAAUACGGCAAUCGAAGAUAACACUUUUCGUUCGGACGAUCUUGAGUUUACUUUCGCGGCAAGAGCGUGGUCUGAAUGCGUCUCCUUCGGCGCGUUUGAAGCGUAUCGGAAUCGAUUCGAGAGAAUUCAGCAAUACUUUGCUCCGAGGUUUCCGGACGCCGUGAGACUGGGAAACGAAAUGAUCAAAGAGAUCAUGGUCAAGACGAAAAACUGA